GCGCGGCCCACGGCUGGGCAGACCGAGCAGUUUACCUGCCGCCGUCUCAUUCACUGCUUCCCACCAAAAGGGCGGGGUGACCCUGGCGAUGGCUGUCCAGCGUCGUGUGCGCAGCUCCGGGCUGGGUGCGGCGGUGGCACCCGGAGGCUGCUGGGGAGGCGCCCCGGGCGGGCGCAGAGGCGGGAGCAGCGGAGGGAGCCGUGGCCCGGGGCGGGUCUCGGCCUUAUAAGUGGCGACUUCCCGGGUCCCCGGCUAGGUCCCGGCAAGAUGGGCAAGUACACGGUCUGCGUGGCCACGGGGCACUCGCUCUGCGCGGGCUCACUCAACCACGUGCGGCUGUGGCUGGUGGGCGAGCACGGGGAGGCGCCCCUCGGGUGGCUGCUGCCGCCGCGGCCAGGCAGAGAAAGUAAGACGGAAUUCGAGGUCCCUCUACACUUGGGGCGCCUCCUGAUGGUGAAGCUGCGCAAACAGAAACUCCUGCAAGACAUCGACUGGUUCUGCAAGUGGGUCGCGGUUCAGGGCCCCGGGAGCGCGGACAAGGCCUUCUUUCCCUGCUACCGCUGGGUGCAGGGCAACGGGAUCGUCUGCCUGCCGGAGGGCACUGGUGGGCGCUGGGGCACGCGGGUGCGGCUGGAGGCAGCAGCGGCGGGGGGGGGGGGGCUGUGCUGGACAGUAAAUGGGAACGAGGGGGAGACAGAAGUUACAGGGUGGGGCUGGGGAGAGUCCGGGAGGGCAGGCGCGAGCCCGUGUCCCCGCCCCGCAGCCCGGACGGUGAGUGACGACCCCCAGGGCCUGUUUAAGAGCCAGCGGGAGCAGGAGGUGGAGGACAGAAGGAGGGCGUACCGGUGGGGCUCGUGGAAGGACGGAUUAAUCCUGCCGAUCGCGGGGCAGACGCGGGAGGACCUCCCGAGGGACGAGAGGUUCCUGGAGGAUAAGAACAUGGACUUCACCUUUUCUCUGACAAAAGGGCUGAUGGAUUUGACUAUUAAGGGACCAUUGGACCUUGUAGUUUGUGUAAAAAGCCUGGAGGAUUUCAAGCAAGUGCUCCCUCGUGAACGGACUCUCCUGGCUGAGCGGGUCUGUGAUUGCUGGAAGGACGACGCCUUCUUUGGGUACCAGUUCCUCAAUGGAGCAAACCCCAUGCUUUUGAGGCGCUCUAGGAGCCUUCCAGCCCGGCUGCUGCUGCCUCCAGGGAUGGAAGACUUGCGCACACAGCUGGAGAAGGAGCUUCAGGCAGGCUCUCUGUUUGAAGCUGAUUUUUCCCUGCUGGAUGGGAUUACGCCAAACAUCAUCAUUUUCAAGCAGCAAUUUGUGGCAGCCCCUUUGGUCAUGCUGAAGCUACAGCCAGACGGGAGACUGUUGCCCAUGGUCAUCCAGCUCCAGCCACCGCGAUGGGGACAGCCUCCGCCUCCGCUCUUCCUGCCUUCAGAUCCCCCCAUGGCCUGGCUCCUGGCCAAGAUAUGGGUCCGUAGCUCCGAUUUCCAGCUGCACCAGUUACAGUCGCAUCUGCUAAGGGGACACCUGGUGGCUGAGGUGAUUUCCGUGGCCACAAAGAGGAGCUUGCCCAGCCUACAUCCUAUCUACAAGCUCCUGAUCCCCCACUUCCAGUACACCAUGGAGAUCAACGCCUUGGCCCGGAGUAGCCUUGUCUCUAAAUUUGGAAUUUUUGAUCUGGUGGUGAGCACAGGGAGUGGGGGCCAUGUGGACAUUCUCCAGAGGGCCUCAGCUCACUUGACUUACCGUUCCUUCUGUCCUCCUGAUGACCUGGCUGACCGAGGGCUCUCAGAUGUCAAGUCUUCUCUCUAUGGCCAAGAUGCCCUCAGGCUGUGGGGGAUCAUCAGUCGGUACGUGACUGGGAUGGUCGGGCUUUUCUACAAGAGUGAUACAGCUGUGAAGCAGGACCCCGAGCUGCAGGCGUGGUGCAGAGAAAUCACCGAGGUUGGACUGCAGGGGGCCCAGGACCGAGGGUUUCCCCUCCACUUAGAGUCCCGGGCUCAGCUCUGUGACUUUGUUACCAUGUGCAUCUUCACAUGUACUGGUCAGCAUGCGUCCACCCACCUCGGCCAGCUGGACUGGUACUCCUGGAUCCCUAAUGGCCCUUGCACCAUGAGGAAACCCCCACCUACCUCCAAGGAUGUGACAGAAAAGGACAUACUGAAAUCACUGCCUAAUCUCUACCAAGCCCGUACACAGAAGACGAUCAUCAAGUUCCUGGGGAGACGCCAACCUGUCAUGGUACCCCUGGGGAAGCAUAAGGAGGAAUAUUUCUCAGGGCUCGAGCCCCACGCUGUGCUGAAGCAGUUCCAGGAGGAGCUGGCUACCAUGGACAAAGACAUUGAGGUCCGGAACGCAUGCCUGGACCUGCCCUAUGAGUACCUUCAACCUAGCAAGGUGGAAAACAGUGUGACCAUCUGAGAGCCACCCGCUCACCCCAGAGCUCACUGUAUCUACACUGAUUAACUUUUCAAAUUCUAGUAGCAUAGUACAAUCUCUAGAUAGUUUGCUUUUUUGUUGUUGAAUAUUCUUCUAUUGUUAGCAAAGAUGAAGUUUUUCUACCGAGUAGAUACUUGGUUUAUCUUAGAAUUCAUGCUGUAAUUACAGGUCUCUGUUCCAUGGUUAAGGGUGGGACUUCAUUUGUCCUUUGCGUUUGUCAAUAUUUAGUUUGCAUUAGAUGUUAUUAUUACUGUAGCUAAGGUGGCAGAGCUAUUGGUAUUAAUUGAUUGGCUUAGGGUAUCAAUAUCUGGGUUACCUUAGGUUAUUACCAAUACUGUGCCCUGUUCCUGGAACUCUGCAACCUCCCAUCUCAAGUAAACUGAGGUAGUUUUAUCUUAA